AUGUCUAGAAUUAGUGAUUUUGAAAUACUCAAUCGUUUGGGUGAAGGAUCAUAUAGUUAAGUGUACAAAGUGAUCAGGAGAUCAGAUCAGCAAGUUUAUGCCAUGAAGAAAGUUAAACUUUUUGAUUUGAAAGAAAAAGAGAAAGAAAAUGCUCUUAACGAAGUUAGAAUAUUGGCUUCAUUUGAUGAUCCCAAUAUCAUUAAUUACAAAGAUGCUUUUAUCGAUGAUAAUAUGCUAUACAUUAUUAUGGAAUUUGCAACAUAGGGCGAUUUGCAGAAUAAAAUCAAACAAGCUGGUAAUCAAUUAUUCCCUGAAACAGAAAUAUGGAAAGCAUUAUAUUAAAUUACCAAAGGGUAUAACACAUCAUUUAAAUUAGUCUUAAGAAAUUGCAUGACAAUAAAAUUGUUCAUAGAGAUUUAAAAACUGCCAACAUAUUCAUUUCCAAUGGCAACUAUAAACUGGGAGAUUUGAAUGUCUCCAAAGUUACUAAAAAAGGCUUUGCAUAUACAUAAACGGGAACUCCCUAUUAUGCUAGUCCAGAAGUAUGGAGAAAUGAAGCAUACAAUUCUAUGAGCGAUAUUUGGAGUCUAGGAUGUGUAAUCUAUGAAAUGGCUUCACUUAAAUUACCCUUCAAAGCUCCUGAUCUCCAAGCACUUUGCAAUAAAAUCCAAAGAGGUCUCUUUGAAUGCUUACCCAAACAAUACUCCAGAGACUUAUAAUCAAUCAUAGUCUAAAUGAUCCAGGUUCAACCUAUGAAGAGAUUAUCAUGCAAUUAAAUUCUACAAAACCCACUUCUCAUCAACAAUUUAAAAGUAAUCCCACCGAUCGAAAAACAAAAUUCAAAGGCUGAAUUACUCCAAACCAUCAAAUUACAAUAAAUAUAGCUCCCCAAAUCUAAUUACAAAGAGGAACCCACCAAAAAAACUAUUGAAUAGCCAAGAAUUAAUUAAAGAGCCCAUAGUGCAUGUAUAUCCCCCCUUUAAUAUCUAUUUUAGUACCUGGAUAAAUUAAAGACAAGAAUUUAUCUCCCAUGAAUAAUAAUCAAGGCAACUAUCCUUCUGUUCCCAGAAAGAAAGGCGAACCGCCUUCCACUCCCAGCACCAGAAUCCAAAGCAGUGCUCCAAGUCAAAGAGAUAGAGAAAAAAUGCUCCAAGAACAACUCAAAAUAGAACUCCAAAAAGAACAAUAAAAACUAAUCAACCAAAGAUAAUCCAUCAAAACUAAUAAUCAACCUAUUGCUACUGAAGCUAUUCGUCAAUAGAUUGUAUAAUAGCAUAAGAAGGAAGAGAUAAAAAAUGAAGAGAAACUUUCAAAUCAAAGAUAAAAGUCCGUUGACACUAAAAAAGAGAGACUCAUCGUUUCUGCUUAACCAAAAUAAUAACUCCAAUAAACUGUUUAAGCUCAAGAAACACAAUAUCAAACACAACCUUCAGAAUUCAUAGUUGCAGGAUUAAAGAAUGUUAAUCCCUAAUCGAUUCAAUCUAUACUAUGCCAACCUGUCUUGGAAAUUGGAGAAAGUCCCUUUCCAUAAAGAGCCAAAGUUAAAAAAUAAGAACAAAUAAACAACCAUUAACAUUAUUUCCCCAUCUAAGAAGAAUUUUCUGAUCGUAAAUUAGUUAAAGGAAAGACUAAUGUAUGA